AGUUCGCACUCGACUCGGUCAGGGACUCGCUCAUUUCGGGAAGCCUUGGGGACAUCUAACUUGGACAGUGCGCAAGGCGGGGCAACAUUGACGACAGUGUCUUGGCCACAGAAUCUUCAUUCUUGCCUCAAGCAUGAAAAUAAACUGGUUUGGCCUGCGAAGAUGAUAAAGCUACGCAACAGAGCUCUUUCACAAGACGUUCACCGGUAGGCUAUGUGACUAGAAAAAUAACUGACGACGAGGAUAAUAGACUAGGCUACGUGAGUUGAAGAAGAAACGUAAACGAAAAGAAUCUUUACGUCGAUCUGAGAGAUCACUAUGGCCCACCGCUCUCAAUGUUCAUCAGCUGGUGAUAACCCUCUGGACCCUCAUUAUCUGCCUCCCCACUAUCGAGAGGAGUAUCGCCUGGCAAUUGAUGCACUUGUAGAGAAAGACUUGGAGAGCUAUUAUGGUUUUCUCCAGAAUGCAAAUGUGGUUGACUUCCUUUCUAGACAGGAGGUUAAGUACAUUAAGCACACAACACAGAUGCCACAUCAGAGCACACAGCCUGAGCUGUGUGCACCUGAGCUGUACCUGGGCCCUGGGGGUGAGGGAUCUUCAGACACAUACUGGCCCAUGCACUCUGACUUGGAUGCACCUGGCCUUGACCUCGGCUGGCCCCAACAGCAUCGUUUCAUCGGCCCCACAGAAGUCACCACACUGGUGAACCCAUCUGAGCCUGAUAUGCCCAGUAUCAAAGAACAUGCUCGUCGACUUAUUAAGAAUGCUCAACAACUGGUAGCCGUGGUCAUGGACAUGUUUACAGAUGUUGACAUCUUUGCUGAUAUUCUGGACGCUGCCGGGCGAAAUGUUGCAGUCUAUAUCCUUCUGGAUGAACAUAAUGUGCACCAUUUUACUAACAUGGUUUCCAAUUGCCGGGUAAAUUUGGAGAAUAUUCCGUUAAUGCGAGUGAGAACAGUGUCUGGCUUGACCUAUUACUGUCGAACUGGGAAAUCCUUCAAGGGCCAGAUGAUGAAUAGAUUCUUGCUGACAGACUGUAGGGCAGUGCUGAGUGGAAAUUACAGCUUUAUGUGGUCAUUUGAAAAGAUUCACCGCUGCAUAGCUCACCUUUUCCUUGGACAGCUGGUGACUACUUUUGAUGAAGAAUUUCGUAUUCUCUUUGCCCAGUCCCAACCUUUGAUAUUUGAAAAUGUACUAUCUCCAAUGCCAGACUUCAGCAGCUUGUCUGACAGGCUAAGCAGCACUGAUCAGACACCAUUAUUCAGAGAUCCUAGAAAAGUCCUGCCCAUAGGAAGCACUGGCUCUAUGGAAUGGGCCAGACAUUCCUUUGAUGAGCGAAUGUACUUAGACCAGAAACAGAUGGCUCUCAGGAAGCACAAGUCUAGUGUCCACAGGUCACUAGACCAAGGACAGUUGGAAAUGUACAACUCUUCCCAGCAUUUGAGAAUGGAUCCAUCUCUUAUUGAGCAAGGUUACCCUAUGGUCCCCUCUCCCAACACAAUGGACUCAAAUGAAUUUAAAAGUCACAGUUUUGCUGAGGGCGCUCAUGGCAGAGUCCCAUCAUAUCGAUUCAUGCAGCACCAGACCAUGCAGGGCUUUGAGACCCAGGGGAGGCAGAUGCACAGAGAACAACAAAGGGAACACCCUCUGUACCAGAGAGCAGGACCAGAACCAGGUUAUGCUGGCUAUGAUAAGUUCAGGGGUUAUGGGUAUCCUUCGAUGGAUCAGUAUACACAAGCUGAAUACCCACCAGAAAUGGAGCCUGAGCCCUAUGACCCUGUACUCAAUUAUUUGUCAUCCACCAGUUAUUUAGCGAUGAACGACGACUCAUGCAAAGCAGCUUCAGGGGAGAUUUCACUUGGUCUACCACAUCCAAAAAGAAUAAGUAUCGGACAGCCAUAUGCCUGUCGGCGCUCCCCAACACAGAAAAUGCCUUCUGAACAAAAUGAGUUCUUCCAGCAGCCCAACAUGGAUCACGAAACACCAGACCUUAAUGCCAAACAGGGUAUGCGAGAUUGGAGGAUCAGCUCAUAUCUCAGUGCUUUUGAUGAUACAGGAGAUGAAGAUGUGUCAAUGCAACCACCCAUUGGGAUUGACCCUUUUGAAGAGCCUCUGAAACAUAUACAAGUCGAGUCCUCAGGUCCAGUGCUGUCAGACUCAAUGUUUCGUACUAAAGAAAUACCUAAGUUUCAAACAGCACCUAGAGUAAGUAAGCUCCCAUAUUACACCAAAUCGAUCCUCCCAGAGUUUAAGAAAGUGCCCGAUAUUGUUGUCACUAUGUCAUCAGAGGCUGAUACAACACCAUCAGAGUCAUCAUCGACUACAGAAGCGGAAAAGACAGAGGAGGUGGAGGUUAAGGAACCCAAAGAGAUCUGUGUAAAAAGGGAAGAGUCUUUCCGCAAGAGUUACAAUGCAGCAGUCCAGAGGAGUUCUAGGCUGAGAUCCUCACUAAUAUUUAGCUCUCAACUCGAGCAGCAUUUCUCCCAAGACACGCAAACUACCUCUGGACAGCAUGAUGAGGAAACGAGCAAGAAUGAAAAUGACCAAUUCAAAUUACCCUUUGCCUCUCCGAUGCUGGUAAAACGGAGAUCCUUCACCCGGGAACCUUUUGAAUGGAGCCGUUACGUAAAGUCAGUAGGUACUGACAGCACAAUCACUGAGUCUUCCAAAUCUGAUGACUUAGUCCAUGAUACAGGUGUAACGGAAUUACCUAAAGUUCUUCCUGAUGACAAAGAGAUAAAGAAACAACCAAAACCUACUGAAGUGGAGCAAACAGUUUUACCGGCAGUACCGCCACCCAAGCGCUCUCAAGAUGAGCAACUGAAAACUAUGAAAAUAGAACUGAAAACCGAACAACUAACACACUCAACCAAGCCAUUUUCAAGCAGUAUGACCUAUGUAGACAUGAGUGAUCCAGAUAGUAGACUUAUGUUUUUCAAAGAGUUAGCUGCCAAGCGAAAAGCUGAAAAGAAUGCACCACUGGUGAACAUCCCUGAAAAGGCUUGUAUAAAGACUGAUCACUCAGUAACCACAAGUGACCAAAGAACCGAAACCGCAUCCCAAAAGGUAGAGCCUGGACUCUCUGAAGUUCCAAAAACAACAGUAGAAGCUGCCAUCAAUAUAUCAGCCAAGCCAGCAAAAAUAGAUAGAACACCUGAGACAACAUCAUUUUCUCAGGAGAUAAAGAGCAAGAUGUCAACAGUAACAUGUGAACAAUCAAAUCUUAAUCCCAAUGAGGCCUUUAAACCUAAGGAGCAGGAUCCAAAUAUUCCCCCAAAUGUCUCUCAACCCCUUAACAGAGUUGUCUCUAGUAAUGAGGGAGUACUUCCAGGUUCUACUGAUGCUGAGAAGAUUGAAUUGAAGAGAAACCAGAUUGUAAGAGAAAUAAAGCAAAAUGAUCCUACUACCUCAAAUAGUACCUUUGUGGGCUCAAACACAAUUGAAAAGCAGUGUAGACCACCUGACAGCAGUUCAACAGGCUCAUCAAUCAACCCUAUCUCUUCAGUAUCAUCACCCUCUCCCAAUCAAUCAACACAAAUUGAAAUUUCCUCAUCUCAUCCACCCACACAAUCCAAUAUGCUAUCAUCUCUUCAUCCCACUCCUGUUUCAAAUGACUCAGCUAAAACUUUAACCUCAACAAAAUGCAGUGAAAGUCUCACUAAAGGGACAAUCAUAGAUUAUACACCAUCUUUGAAUGAGCCCAGUUCAUCAGUUUCACCCCAAACAGACCACUUAUUUCCACCUAAUUCAUCUCCUCAGUGUGUCCCAGGAACAAAACCAUGUCCACCAACUAUUCCAUCAGAAUCUGGCACCUCAACCCUUUCCAUUCCUUUGGAGUCCAGUCAGUCGGCUAGUCCCGAUGAGUCUGUUUUGCCAAUCAACCCUGAAGAAACUAAAGCCAAUGAAUCUCAAAGUUCCCUUCCAGUCAAACCACCAUUUAAAACCAAAAAAGGAGGAUCCAGCUCCUCUACACCACCCCAUACAGAACGCAUCUCUGCUCCACAGCCCAGCUUAGCAACAUUAGAAACCAGUUCUACUCCUCAUCCUGCUCCCUCAUCAACAAGUUCUACUCUUCAUCCUGCUCCCUCAGAAACUCAUUCUACCACUCAUCUUGUUACCCCAGGAACAAGUUCUACUCUUCAUCCUGCUCCCACAGCAGCAAGUUUGACUCUUCAUCCUGUUACCCCAGAAACAAGUUUGACUCCUCAUCCUGUUACCCCAGAAACAAGUUUGACUCCUCAUCCUGUUACCCCAGAAACAAGUUCUACUCAUCAUCCCGUUACACCAGGACAAAGUUCUACUUCUCACCACGUUACCCCAGGAACAAGUUCUACUCCUCAUCCUGUUACCCCAGAAACAAGUUUGACUCCUCAGCCUGUUACCCCAGAAACAAGUUCGACGACUCCUCCCGUUACCCCAGAAACAAGUUCUACUCAUCAUCCUGUUACACCAGGACAAAGUUCUACUUCUCACCAUGUUACCCCAGGAACAAGUUCUACUCCUCAUCCUGUUACCCCAGAAACAAGUUUGACUCCUCAGCCUGUUACCCCAGAAACAAGUUUGACGACUCCUCCCGUUACCCCAGAAACAAGUUCUACUCCUGCUACCUCAGCAGCAAGUUCGACUCCUCAUCCUGUUGGCACAGGAACCAGCUCAACUUUACACUCUGUUUCCUCUUCCACUAGCUCCAACCCACAUCCUGAUUCCCCAAAAGCUAGCUCCACUCUACAUCCUGUUGCCUCAGCAAACAGCUCCACUCCUCAUCCUGUUCUCUUUUCAACCAGUUCCACUACCCUAUGUCAAGAAAAUACCCCCGAAUCACAAACACAACAUAGCUCUCUGUCAGAAACAACUCAGAACGAAUCUCUCUCUCCAAUAAUGACAGAUGUUUCUUGCUAUACUGCAACAGAAUCAUGUUCUUCCCCCGAAUCUCACUCUGACAGUGUCUUAGUUGCGUCUUCUGAGAAUUACAAAACAGAGGUCACCACUCCCGAGAUCAGCCCAACCCCAGACAAAUCCAGCUCCCUUUCAGACCCCACCUCAACAGAAUCAAGUGAAUCUCCCUUCCCCACACACAUAGAAUCAUGCUCUUCAUCUACGCAGACUAAUUCUACUUCCUCAGUCAAUACAGUUCUAACAGAGUUCAACCAAAUUCCCAACUCUACUUCAGGUGAAUCCAAUACCCCAAAUCUAUCUAUUGUUGUUGAAAACAAUAGCCUGAAUAAGGAGCCUUUAAGUGAACUUUGUGUGGAGUCAAAACCUGAAACAUCUGAGGAAUCUGUUUUCCAUGAAUCACAAAUUGAUGAAGCAAACGUUACCCCAUCAGCUUCAGAGAGUGCAUCAGAUCAAGUCAUUCCAAUUUCACCUCAGUCAAAGAAUUCAAAAGUAAGCCAGUCCCGCUACCAUUCAUCUACUGCCAAUGUACUGUCAAGUAGUAACCUCAGAGAUGAUACAAAGAUUUUGUUAGAACAGAUAUCUUCAAACAGCCAAAGCCGAGCAGAGCUCGCCAAAGAAACCGCUGUCACAGAUGAUGCCAAAGAAGAUGAGGCUCACAGGGUGGGGAGUGUGGAAGAAGGGACUAUUGAACGAUCACAGUCCAGUAGGCAGUGUAGGACUGAUCAGGAGCGGCAGAAUCUGCUUAAGAAGAUCAAAAGCAUGCGAAAGGAGAAGAAAGUCUACAGCCGGUUCGAGAUGGCACCUUAAUGGGUGAAGAGAGCACAGACAAAGACCAUCACACUGGACUGAAGAAAACUGUUUAAUAAGCAUCCUAUGACUAUCAGUUGAUUUAAAAGCAACUGUGACAUUUGUUGAAAGCAUUUGCAAAGAUGGACCAAAAAUAAAUGACUCAGAGAGGUCCAUGUUCUGCUGCUCCAAAGGAUCUCACACAUUGUGGGCCUGAAACAGUGAUUCCUAUUCAGCUGAAUGAAUGACAACCACUCUUAUAAAAUAUGCAUCGUUGUAAUCAAUGAUUACUUGUUACUGUCUGUGGGGGGAGUAUUAUAGUUGUGGGUGUGGUAUGAAUAAAAUGUGAUAUAAUAUUUUGACAAUGUGAAGUGUGCUCAAACAAAGAUUUCUUCUUGAGUAUUCACGUCUAGAUUUUGACAACAAAUUUAUCUACUGUUUGUAACAUUUUUGUAUUCUUAACUCAAAUAUAAGGGAAAAUGUACUAGGAAAGUAUGCCUAAAGUGCCCUUUAGUAUGCUAUCUAUAGGUGCUGACUUGCUUUACUAGACUGGCCAACCAAAACAUGUCAAUGAGCAUAUAGUCCUUUAGUUACUGUGUCUAUACAGCUUACUGCUGUCUUUUCUGCUCAAAAUAAAGUGAAUGUUUAUUAUAGAAGC